CAGUCUUCAGCGAGGGGCGGUUCUUAGCCAGAUGGGGGCGGGGCUUCCCAGAGAGUUCGUUUUGGGCCCCAUCGGCUUCCGUAGGAAGGCGCCGGCCGUGGUGGCGCCACGUCACUGGCGGCGGCGGGAGAGAAAUCGCUUGGACUUCGGGGCGGCCUCGGACGGCCAUGGCCUUUACCCUGUACUCACUGCUGCAGGCAGCCCUGCUCUGCGUCAACGCCAUCGCAGUGCUGCACGAGGAGCGAUUCCUCAAGAACAUUGGCUGGGGAACAGACCAGGGAAUUGGUGGAUUUGGAGAAGAGCCGGGAAUUAAAUCACAGCUAAUGAACCUUAUUCGAUCUGUAAGAACCGUGAUGAGAGUGCCAUUGAUAAUAGUAAACUCAAUUGCAAUUGUGUUACUUUUAUUAUUUGGAUGAAUAUCAGUGGAGAAAAUGGAGACUCAGAAGAGGACAUGCCAGUAGAAGUUAUUACUUCGGUCAUUAUUGGAAUAUUUAUAUCUUAGCUGGCUGACCUUGCACUUGUCAAAAAUGUAAAGCUGAAAAUAAAACCAGGGUUUCUAUUUAUCUGUUUUUUUUUUUUAAUGUUGCACUUGUAGUUUCAUUACAAAAGAUCAGAUCAUGAAAGGCAGUAACUCUCCAGGACUGGAAUAUCUGAUUGCUCAGUGUUAAUAGUAGUUCAUGCUGUGGUGAGAUUGUUAAAAGGGUGCAAGACUGUUGCUUCUCUUUUUUUAGAUAUUUUUCUAUCUCUCACUUCUCAGGGAUGAAAUUCUUUUUCAAAGUUUUGAAGUUCCUUGCAACUUAGCCAUGAUGUGAGUGGUUAUCCCUAGAUAAAAUUAAAAGGAUUUUAAAAAAGUAAUUACUGCACAUAAAAUGAUAAAUAGGUAAUUUGAAUAAUUUUAUUUUAAGCUCCUUGGUUAAUUAUUUUGUCUAUUGUCUCAGCUAUAAAUUCAAAUUUAUACAUACUAUUGAGUAUUAAUAUUCUCUGAUUUCAGGGAGAAUUCUGUCAGUCACAUGAUGAUUAUGUUUUUGUUUAACAUUCUUUCCAUGCACUUGUUAUUUUAUUAAUUUGCCUGAAUGAUGAGACCAGACCAGUGUCUACAGAUUUUCAUUGUCAGAAAAAUCUAUAAGUCUGCCCUUUUUACAAUGAUGAUUUAAAAAAAACAACAGCGUAAAUAUUAGCCCACAAGAGCAGUCCUAAACAAUCACAAUUACACUGUACUACCCAAGAAGACUGUUUAUUGUGAAGCAUUUACCUUUCAAAAAAUCAUUACAUUUCUAUUUCUUGGUGGAGCAGCACAUUGUGGAGUGUGAUUCUUAAUUCUUCAUUGAGUUUGUCAAUAGGACAUUGAUGCUGGAUAGGUUGUCUUUUGUUUUUAUGUCUCAGACCAUCUUGUGAGAUUGUUUGCCUAUCUCAUAAUACAAUUUUAUGCAGAAAGGUUGAAACUAUGUAAAUGGUUUUUAUGGAAAUUAUCAGUUCCAAUAUUUUAAAGGUGUAGAAUGGCAUCUUUGUUUAUAGGAGAACAUUUGUAAAUAAAGUUAAAUUUCUAAGUCAA